AUGAUGUUAACCGAAAUGGCGGAUACCAAUAAGGAUAGAAAGAUUUCUUUUACUAAUGAAGAGUUUGAAAAAAUUGCACAAAAUUUAAUUUUUACUAAAGAAAAGUAUCGAGAGAAUAUUGUUAUACCUAGGUUAUUAGGACCAGUUCAAGUAAAAACAAAAGAAGAAAAUGCUAUUGAAACUGCAUUUGAAAGUUGUGCUUUUAAGUCUUUUAUGAGUUGUGUUAUAGGUUAUGGGCUUGGUGUUGCCAUCGGUUUGUUUUCUUCUAGUGUCAACCCCACAAUUACGGGGCCUGAUGCAGCUAAUCAAACUGCAAAAGAAAUAUUUAGAGAUUUUAGAGUAACCUCUCACAGUUAUGGCAAAAAUUUUGCCGUUGUGGGUUUAGUUUUUUCUGCUGUAGAGUGUACUAUUGAAUCACACAGAGGAAAAAGUGAUUGGAGAAAUGGUACAUAUGCUGGGGGAGUAACAGGAGCUUUAAUAGGACUUAGAGCUGGAAUAAAAGCAGGUAUUAUAGGAGCUGCAGGUUUUGCUGCAUUUUCUACUGCAAUAGAUUACUACAUGAAUUUAAGGUGA